AUGGCUUCUGCAAGGAAGGGAACUGAGAAGCGGCAUAACCCAGUGGAAAGCAUCUGUAGAAAAAUCAGAGCCAUCCAAAAGAGAGAAGUAACUUCAUAUCCAGUUCAACAGAUUAUCAAAUACCAAUCUAGAAGUUUUGAUAGUCCACAAACCAACACCCAGAAAAAUUUUGAAGAGGUACUCUGGAAAAUGACUGCUGCUCACCUUCCUACGCUCAAUUCUCAUUUCUCAAGUUCUGAGAAGGUUGACAACUUCAUUUCUUCUCCUCAAAUAGUUUCUCCAAGAACCCCAUCCAUCGCUCACCUCAGCUCUCCGGAGGAUGCAACGUACUCUGUUAUUCUCUCGAGUUCUGAAAGCAUCUCAACGCUGAGAUCACAGAGCAACCAGAAUUAUACAUCUUUGAUAUCACAUACCAGAAAUGAGGAUUGUUUAUCUAACAAGGAUUUGAAUAACUAUUGUAGUGAAAGGAAUUUUAGGACCUUAGCACUUGACUUUGAUUCUGCUUCUGGUCAGAGCUCUGACUUUUUCACUCCUAAGGAUUCAGUGGUGAAAAAAUUAUCUCUUCAUGAAGAUGAAUGGAAACUAGGAACUGAUGAUGGCAAAGAUGGAACUUACAGCAUCAACACGGCCUGUGAAGAAGAGUUACUUACGAGAAUUUUUCAUGCAUGCUCAGUAGGAGUAGCCAAAAUAAUAGAUUACCUGAGACAGACAACUAGCCAAGAUUCUGAAGUCAAUGGCCUUGAGGAGCUGUGGAACAUGAUUGAUCCUGAAAAGAGAGAUCCACAUGUGGAUCUGGAAACUUUCCAUGCUGUCAUGAAAGAAUGGAUGGCUUACUGCAGGAACAAACGGGAAGGAGUGAAUAGUGGAUUAAGUGGCAUCUUGAAUCAUUCUGUUUUUGGAGAACAGGACAGCAUAAAACCAGGUGGAGCAAUUAAGAUGAUCACAGAUAUAAGAGAUUCUGCAUCGGGAAGCUUCGAGGCUUUGGGUGGAGACAUGUCUAAGGGUGUCUUGGAGGUGCCUGAUUUGAUUACAUAUGUAGCAGACCUAUAUUUCAACAAGCAGAAAUUGGAAGAGGAAAACAGUAAGUUUAAGUUAGCAUUAGAAACCUUGGAAGAGGCUAACAACCAUUUAACAGAAGACUGCACUGACUUGCGCCUUCAGGUUAAAAGUGCCCACCAGUCUAUUAUGAGAACAAAUCUGUUAAAAGAAGAGCUGGAGGAACUGAAAAUUAGUAUGAAUGCUUCAGAAGAGCAGAAGACCACAAUUGCAUCCCAGAAUAAACAAUUGGAGACAGAAAACCGGGAUCUGAUUCUUAAAAUUCGGAUUCUACAGGAAGAGAAUAUUAAGAACAUUAUGGAUAUAGAUAGACUGGAGAAGAAGAUUGAGGAAUUGUCUAGAACGGAGACAGAGCAGCAAAUGCAAUUACAAACAUAUGAGAAUACUUUGCUUAAUAAAGAUGCAAGUUUGCAGAAGAAGGACUUAAGUAUAGAAGAACUUAAGUCAACCAUUGUAGAAUAUGGAAGCAUUAUAGAGAAUUUACGAGGGGAGAAAAAUAAACUGGCUCAUGAGUUACAGCACCUGCAGCAAGAGCUCAUCGUAAAUGGGAUCCAGCUGAAAGUCAGUGAAGAGCGUAAGGGUAUCAUCUCUGAAGGAGAAAAAUCUUUACAUUAUGAGCUCACUCUUGCUCAGUCUGCAGAGAACAAUGAAACUGAAUGGCAAUGCAAUUUAACAAACUUGUCAUCUCUGGACAUGAUGAUGGACCAAGAAAUGCUGCUGUCACUGAGAGAGCCUGAACAAAAGGGUGUGGAAUUCACAGCUGUGCUUUGGAAGCUGGAAUUCAAACAUAUCAUGGAAGAGAAGCUCAAUCUUUUCAUAAUAAUGCUGAACAGCUUGGAAAACCACAGAGAAUCUCUUGAUAAAGAGUUUGUCAAAUUAAUAGAGAUUUUGAAGAGAUGUAGGCUGGAAUAUUUUGGUUUCAGAGAAGAACUUCUUUCCAGUCAGAAACAAGUAGAAGCCAUUAAACAACUGCAAGAAGAUGCUGUCAACCAGGAAGCCCUCCUCAGGAAGCAGCUCCAGGAAGCCAGCCAACGGCUGGAAGUGGCAGAGGAGCAGGUUAAGGAUCGAGACCAGGCAGCCCACUCUGCCAAUAAAAAAGCUGAGUCUUUACAGCAUAAAUUGGAGGAAGCAAUUUCGGAACAACGGAACCUCCAAACUAUAAAUACUGAAUUAUCGAAUGCUUGCCAGACACUUGAGCGGCAGACAAGAAGACUGAAAACAACAAUUGAUUUACUUCAAAAGAAGUUAAUUCAAGAGGGACUCCAUGGCUUGCUGUCACAGAACUUUUUAGAUGAGGAAUUUCCUCACUAUGAUCACCCGUCCUGCACAGGUACAAUUCAACAACCUCUUCAAGAAAAAUUGAUGCCUUGUGUCUGGAUAGUCUUACAGCAGUUCCAAGGCUGGAACUGACACCUUUCUCAUGUGUAGCCAACCAAAUCCA